GCAGGAGCAAGAAUUGAUCGGAGUACACUGAUUCAGAAUUAUGAGUUAGCAGAAGAAUCCUUGCAAACAAACUACUAUGGUGCUAGAAGAAUGGUUGAGACACUCAUUUUUGUCCUUCAAUUGUCUAGUUCACCAAGGAUUGUUAACAUUUCAUCGUCCAUGGAGAAGUUAGAGAGCAUUCAAAAUAAAUGGAUUGAAGGAAUUUUAUGUGAUGCUGAAAACCUAAUUGAAGAAAAAAUGGAUGAGGUGUUGAAGGUGUUUCUAAAAGAUUUUACAGAAGGUUCUCUGGCAUCCAAAGGGUGGCCAACUUUUCUAUCUGCCUAUACAGUCUCAAAAGCAGCCAUGAAUGCCUACACGAGAAUUCUG